AUGGCGGCGGAAGUGAUGUUGGUGGCGGCGGUGGACGUGGCGGCGAUGGUGUCGACGGGGGGCUGGGAUGACCUCGCCACCCCCGCCGCCGCCCUCGCCGCCUACCCGGCAGCGCCGGCAGCCCCACCUGCCCAGGGCGUGCCUCGUUCCGCCCUCGGCCUCGUCGCCUCCACCGCCUCCGCCGCCGUGGGCGCCGUGGCAGCCGGCCCCCAGCCGCGGGCCCCGCCUCGCUGCACCAGGGCGUGCCCAUCCGGCGGGUAUAGUUCCCGCCGUCACCUUCCCGGCCUCCCGGCGUGGGUGACUGCGACGGAGCCCCCGCCCGUCUACUCGGCCGCACCGGCGCCUUCCCCCGUCUACACGGCCGCCGGGGACCCUCCGCGCCCGUCCUUCCCGGACCCGACGCACUCGCGCCCGCGGGAGCCCUCCGCUGGUCGCGCGGAGUACCCCGCCCAGGGCGCCGCCGGCCUCGCUCCCCCACGCUACGCCAAGCUGGACUUCGCCACGUAUGACGGCGUCGAGGACCCCCUCAACUGGCUCAACCAGACGUGGCUCGCCUCGUACCACGUCCGCGGCGCCGCCCAGACGUGGUACUACUCCCUAGAGCAGGACGAGGGUGGCAUGCCCCCAUGGGACCGGUUCUGGGAGCUCUGCCUCCUCCGCUUCGGCCCCCCGAUCCGCGGCAGCUGCUUGGCGGAACUUGGGCGUUUGGCGUUCACCACCACGGUGCAGGACUUCGCCGACCGCUUCCAGGCCCUCGCAUGCCAUGCGCCCGGCGUGACGGGCCAACAGCGCGCCGAGCUCUUCAUUGGCGGCCUUCCAGACCACAUCCGCGUGGAUGUCGAGCUCCAGGCCCCGCAGGACCUCCAGACGGCGAUGCACUACGCGCGCGCCUAUGAGCGUCGCGCCCAGGCGGUUCAGCAAGCGCCCCUGCCCCGCGGCACCCGCGCCGCCCAGCCUCCUCCCCCGCCCCACCUGGACCGACCGGAGCAGCUCGAACGCCGCCGCCUUGGGCUCUGCUUCAACUGCGACGACCCAUAUACGCCCGGCCACGUGUGCCCCCGCCUCUUCUACCUGGAGACAGUCGACGUGGAGGAGGGCGACCCGAUGACCUGGACGGUUGCCUCCGCGUCCGAGACGGCCGAGCCGACCGACGCGGCUGCCACGGCCUUCGUCGUCUCUCUACACGCGCUCGCCGGCAUCCGCCAUGAGCGGAAGAUGCUGCUACCGGUCACUAUCCAGGGCGAGCCACUGGUGGCGCUGCUGGACACGGGGUCUACGCAUAACUUUCUCCCCGCCGCCACUAUGCGCCGCCUCGCACUACAGCCGACGGGUGGGGAUAACCUCCGCGUGACCGUGGCCAACGGUGAUCGCCUUCACUGCCAUGGGGUGGCCCAGCACGUACCCCUCACCAUCGGCGACGAACACUUCGUCAUCACGUGCGCCGGCAUCGACUUGGGCUGCUUCGACUUCAUCCUUGGCGUCGACUUUCUGCGGACGCUCGGUCCCAUCCUUUGGGACUUCGACGCCCUGACUGACAAGGGCAUAUCUCCUUCAGGGCGCCACAUUCGCUGGGAGGGUCUCGUGGGGGCCUCCCCCGCACCGCAGCUUCAGCUCGUCUCCGGGGCCGACGACGCCGAGCACCCCCUCCUGACGCACCUCCUGCAGCAGCACGGCGCCAUCUUCGAGGAGCCGCAGGGCCUGCCACCCCCACGAGCGUGUGACCAUCGCAUCCACCUGCUCCCGGGGUCGGAGCCAGUGGCGGUACGCCCAUACCGCUACCCUCAGCUGCAGAAGGACGAGCUGGAGCGCCAGUGCGCGCUCAUGCUGGCGGCAGGCAUCAUCAGGAUCUCCACGUCCCCGUUCUCCGCGCCGGUGCUGUUGGUGCGCAAGUCGGAUGACACGUGGCGCUUCUGCAUCGACUACCGCGCCCUCAACGCCCUCACGCUCAAGGACAAGUUCCCGAUCCCGGUGGUCGACGAGCUGUUUGACGAGCUCCACGGGGCGCGGUUCUUCGCCAAGCUCGACCUCCGUUCAGGCUAUCAUCAGGUGCGCAUGCACCCGGAGGACAUCGCCAAGACGGCGUUCCGGACACACCAUGGCCACUUCGAGUUCGUGGUGCUGCCUUUCGGCCUCACCAACGCGCCCGCGACUUUCCAGGCCCUGAUGAACGACGUACUUCGCCCAUACUUACGCCGUUUUGUGCUGGUUUUUUUCGAUGAUAUUUUGAUCUAG